AUGACUGAAUGCUUUCUCUACAGACUCCCAAAUGAGUUGCUCCUCCAUCUCUUUACACCGAUUCCCACUCUGGAACUUCUUCGUUUGACCACCAUAUCGCGCCGCAUAUAUUCGCUGAUUCUACGAAUCUUGCAAACCCGCCUCGUUGCAGCUGCCGAGCUGCAUUCCCAUUCUGUACUUCUCGAAUGCUUCCAUCCGUCUGUGAAGCUUACCGAGCCGCCCUACUUUUGCACCUAUCGAGGCACUGAUGGAUUGACACGAUACAAUGAAACCGAUUUGAAUGAGAAGGAUGUUGGCAGAUUGGGCCAGAUGUACAACAUGUACUCCCGCUUCCGUCCACACAGACGCGAUCUAGAGGAUGGCGGUAGGAAGGUGAGGCCGCGACCGGGGGACGUCCCUGGUAGUCGCACGUUUCCAGGGACGGCACAGGAGCGUUACAAGGGCGAAACCGUCAAGCAGAUACUAAGCCUCGAAGCUCAUGAACUGUUCACGCAAUUGAUUGCGCAGACAAAUCUGGUCAAGAUUGGGUCCCACAACCUCUUCACAAACUUUGUUGAAGUCGAAGAAGGUGUGCUCAGGGUCUGGAGAGAAUGGCUGCGAGAUGUUUCAGACAGGUGCAUUGCAGCUAACAAAGCGGCUCCGAACGAGCCUGUAGAAGAACUAGGCAAAGGCAAAGGCAAAGGCAAAGCUGUUGUGAGAGAGGUAGACGAAGAAAAAGCCGAUCUAGAAGAUCCGCAAAUCUUGUGGGUUACGCCAAAGAAGAACAGCGGUAUUCGCUUCAAUGCGCGUGAAAAGAGGCUCUGCGGACAGGCACCCAUCCUCAUGAGCGCAGAUGAGCAUGUGCCUGUUAGCUACGAGAUUGAGUAUGACGAGCUUUUCAUUCGAACGUCGCAUCUCCUAUUAAUGCUCGAAAAGUCCAUGUUGCAGGAGGACAAUUCAUCUGGCAAGGCAGUUGUUUUCGGUUCAUUCGGGUAGUAUCAGC